CCUUUCGAUUUCUGCCGCUUGAGGGCGAAGACCCUUGCUUCGCCAGCGACAAGUUACAACGCUCCAAAACAUGGCGGCGAGGCAGCGACGUGCGGGAUCUCGGGUUCACGGGGCGGCUAAAUGAACACAUGAUGGCCGAAGAGAGUUGGUCUUCCACCACUGCUGAAAAGUCACGGCUACAACAUGGCUGACGUCCGCCGUUCUGAAGUGCUGGCGGCAUCACGCUCGCGUACGGGGUGGCUUGACGAACCUCCCCCUACGUCUUCCUCACCCACAUCGCCUGCAAAACCUUUCAUCUCAAGCCUCCGCUCCACAUUUGAAUCACGUCCUAACCAACUCCAAGAUGGGGCCGAGCGGCGACGCUUAUCUCCUGGUGGGGUCAAGGUUGGCUCCAAAGUCAGCUCCAUUGCCAACAUGUUCCAAGCCCGGGACGAAAACAAGGCAGCGUCAACCGAAUCACUGGCACGCACGUCGCCCCUGGAGCAGAACCCCGUGGAAGCGGCGAGGCCAUCAGGCCCUCCCACGCUAACUCGCAGUGACAGCCAUGUUGCCCGUUUCUACAAUGCCCGCGCUAUGUUUGAGCGAUUGCAGGAAGCAUCUAAGAAGCCUCAGAUGGUGGCAACUCCAGGGCGCAGAGGCAGUGUUGCAAGUUCUCCUGCUAGUUCACCCUCUUCAUCAGCCCCUGCUUCAUCAUUUCCACGAUGGAGCGAGGAAGCACCUUCCGAGGAGCCUGCAAAGACAUUGGUCAAUGGAGACUCGCAUGGCACCAAGUGCAGCGUUGCAAGUGCGGCAGAGCAGAAGAUAAUUGGCUCAGAAUCUGCUGUUGCCAAUGGGGUGGGAAAGCAAGACGUUGCAAAGGCUGCCAUAGCUCCGGUUUUAGAGAAGAAAGUUCCUGACGAGGAACCCCUACCUCCAGUUAAAGUUCCUCAACAUAAGAAGCCCUCAGCGCCACCACGAGUUGAGUCUUUAAGACGUUCGUCGGAGGACUGCUCUGCGCUUGUAGAUCCUCGGCAGCCAGAGGAAUUGAAGCAAGUUCGACUUCUGCCACCUGCCGUGGAGGACUCUGGGAAGGAGCAAGCCCCAGAAUUAGUAGAAGAUCUAAAGUUAACACUGUCAUCUGCUCUUAGUAGUUCUAGCUGCUCAUUGGACUCCGGUGCUGGGGAGUCGCGGGCCGUAGAAUGCAUCAAUGAGCACUUUGAAAUGCCGUCUCUAGGAGCAUGUGUGCCAACAGGUUCAAACAAGCAUGUCCACACUCAUCACAACAUGACCGAAGGAUUGUCAGUUGAGGAGACUAACGUUAAGCAGCACAUGGAUGUGGACGAAGCAACUGUGGGUAGCCUAGAGUGGAGAGAAACAGCCAAUGAUGAUUCUGAAUGUGCCAAACACCCACCCUGCGCCACUUUUGGUCGGCUCAACAGUAGCAAGCCUCCCCUUCCGUCAAAGCCACCGGUGCUUCACCAGGUAUCUUCAAGACAUGACUCCGGUUCUGUGGGGGACACUGAAGACGUGCCCCAUUGGCCACAGCAGGAAUAUGUGGGUCACAAUGGCAUCAGUGAACCAUCUUCUAACAGUGUCCUUCUGUACACAUUGGCAGCUGCUUCUGGAAGGUCCCCUAUGCUUUUGCAACAGGACAAUGUCUGCCAUGACAAAUAUGGUGAAAACAGCAGCUUGAAGCAUGCUGCUGGGGAAACGCUAGCUGAACUUGAGAAUCGCGAGCAUGAGCUGUUCAACGUGGAAGCAGUCAUAAAUUCCCACUCAUACAAGGGUGAUCCAUUUGGAGAAAUCAACUUAGACGCACAGGUGGAUGGGAGUGGUGUAGAGUUCAUGACCCAGGAGGAGGCUGACAAGUUGCUUAGUUCCAGCCGACAGCAAGAGAUCUUGAGUGACGAAGAGGCCCAAGAGGUGCGGCGUCUUCUGGUGCUGCGCACGCCGUCGCCCACUGUGGAUGUGGCGUCGGAGGAAGAGGGCACCGGUCGGCUAGCCAGUGUGGUGGUGGUGGAGGAAGAGGGUGUGUCUUACCACGUCUUGCCGGACGGCCACUUCUUUACGGAGCAGCCGGGCCUGACGAGUGACGAGGAAGAGUGCGUGGAGAACUGCCAGUUUCCCGCUCCUCCACUGCGCCACAGCUCACGGGUCAAAUUCAGCACCGACCCCAUCAAGGUAUUCAGCACACACUCCGUAGAUGACUAUGAUCGACGCAACGACGAUGUAGAUCCAGUCUCUGCUUCAGCAGAGUACGAACUAGAGAAGAGAAUUGAGAAGAUGGACGUGUUUCCUGUGGAGCUUGUUAAAGGUCCUGAAGGACUGGGUCUCAGCAUUAUUGGCAUGGGGGUUGGUGCUGAUGCCGGACUAGAAAAAUUGGGUAUCUUUGUGAAGACUAUAACGGAAAACGGAGCAGCUUAUAAGGACAACAGAAUUCGAGUAAAUGAUCAGAUCAUUGAAGUGGAUGGCAAGUCCCUUGUCGGUGUGACACAGGCAUACGCAGCGUCAGUUCUGCGGAAUACCUCCGGGCUCGUAAGGUUCUUAAUUGGCCGCGAACGGGACUCGACCAACAGCGAGAUAGCGCAGCUGAUCUACCAGUCGAUUCAGGCAGACAGGGAACGGGAGGCACGGCUCAAGGGGGCUCCUCAGGACGCCCAGGGGGGGCUGGACUCCCUCGCUUCGACUCCUGAUGACGAUGGGGAAGAGCUCACUCCGGGCGUGGCUUUUGAGCUGUCCAAUGACAGCAGCGACUCACUCUCGCCUGACACAGACCCCGAUGGUAUCCGGCUCCGUUUCAAGGAGACGCAGUACCGUCUGGCGGUGGCGGAGGCCGAGGUGCGCUCGCUGCGGGAGAAGCUGGCGCUGGCUGAAGGGGAGCGGGUAGACCUCGGGCGGCUGCUGGAAGGGGCCCAGGGGCGGCUGCAGGACGCGGAAGCAACGGCCGCAGCCCUGCGGGAGGAAGCGGCCCAGCAGCACGAGGCGGCCCUGGAGCUGCAGGACCGGCUGUGUGCGCUGGAGGCUAAGUACGGCCGAGCCAAGCGGCUGCUGCGUGAACUUCAGCAGCGGGGCCAAGAGGCGGCUCAGCGAGAGGAGUUCCACCUGCACCAGCUGCAGGAGAAGGACCACGAGUACAACGCCCUGGUCAAGGCGCUCAAGGAUCGGGUCAUCCUUCUGGAAAACUGCCUGUCAGAAACUCAGAAGGCAGCAGGCUUGCCCAUGCAGUUGCCUUAUGAUAACACAAUGAAGUUGCUCACACCACAGAUGAAGAAGAGGAGGCCACCACCCCCUGCAGUUCCCCUUUCAGAAUUGGACAGUGACGACUGCCUGCGGUGUGAAUUAAGCCCCGACGAAGUGUCCAGCGACCACCGGCGGUCGACGGUGGAGCGGCGGGGAGCAGGAGAUGCAUUUGACCGAGCUGUGCCACACACCGAAUUUCUGGACUCCACUGCUGCCAAAGCCAAGGCUGAGCUGGCCGCCAAAGGCAGUCUUGCUAACAGGCAGCCGCCAUCCGUGUCAGCUCUCAAGAAACAGACUAGCACUGACAUGGCUUCUCCUGACGAGCAGCAAGAUCUCAACACAUCGAUUAACAGCACUGGGUCGGAAACAUCGGUUCAUAGUUCAUCUCGUUUAUCCGACACAAGUAACACAUCGGACUCUUCGCCGACGCGACCCCUGUCUCAGCAGUUGGGAGACGAAUUCAAGUCUGCUGUUUUGCAAUGGCAGAACAGGGGGCACAAUGACAGCUCGGGCUCUCUCGGCUCCCUGGAGAGCCCACCAGGCAAGCGGCUGUCUUCGCUGUCAUCGCCCACUGAUUCACAGCAGAGCCUGUCACCGACUCCCACUCCUCCCCCGCAUGCUCAGAAAGUGACCCUACUUACGCACAAGAAGCUUAACCCAAGCCUGCCGCGCGAUGGCAGCUUGCGCCCGUCACCUGGCCAGAAGGGUGGCGGGGAGCCAGGUGUGGCAUCGCGGGAGCGGCGAGAAGAAGUGCGACCACACCACUGGCAGAGCGGACCGGUCGACCGUUGGAGCGUCUCGCAAGUGGGCCAGUGGCUCGUGGUGCUGGGCCUGGAGGCACACGUGCCGAGCUUUGCUUCGCACGGAAUCCACGGCGACGCCCUCCUGCAGUUGGACAGCGCACGGCUUAAGGAGCUGGGGGUGGUGGGGACAAGUGACCGGUCUUUGCUGAAGAAGAAAAUCAAGGAGCUGCGUUCCCAACUGGACAAGGAACGUAAGGCGCAAGAGAAGGAACUUCGGGCACGGGAAAAGCUACAACGCAAAGCCGACAAAGCCAAGCGCAAGUGAUGUAGCCACCUGGAUUGGUGAAGUGAGUGUGCAGGGUGCUCCCUCCACCCGGUCAGAAACCCAGUUUUCUUUUAAAUGCCUUCAGUUCAUAAUGAACACAACGAACGCCACGCUCGCAACCCACAAGGGGCAACUUGGAGAAUAAACUCGCUUGCUCCUCAUAGAGGCAAGCAAUGCUCUUAUGUAUUUGGGUGUGAUUCUGUUUAAAUGCAAGUUUGAAAGCUUUCUUGCAUUUUGUGUACUAUGGGUUCAGUGAACAGAUCAUGUAUGUUAUUUAAACACCUAUUUUGUGUUUUUUAUUGCACGAGAAACGGCAGAGUGCCGCAUGUAAAUGCACACACAUAUAUUUAACAAACAUUCCUUUCUCUGCUGGAGCUCAUGUGACAUUGAUGGGUUGUGUCCCGGUCCCUGUGGCAGCUAAGUGGUGUAACCUGUCUCAGUGUGAUGCCGAUCAUUGUUUUUUCUAAGAAAUUGGCAGUGUUUUCUUUUUCAUUUAUGUUUGUGUUGUCAGUUGCUCAUUGACCUCUUGGGAGAAAGUCUUCCAGGAAGCCACUUGUUCGUGUGUGCCAGAGCAGUUUUUGUUUUCCUCCUUGCAAGCUUCAUUUUAAAUGUGCAUUUUCAUCAGGGUACCCUGCUUCAUUUUGUAUAUUUUCACAUGUGUACCUAAUAUUUGUUGUACCCUUGUUGGUUUUACAUAGUCUGCAGUAGAACUGACAGUUGGACUAAGUUAUACGCACAGAUUUUAUAUUGUUUUUGUGCAUGUUGUCUGGGAUAUGCACUUACCAAUUGAAUGGAAUUUUCUACUGCAUUGCACUACUUGGCAUUGCCUGAUACAUGGGUCACUCUGUGCAGUCCUAGGAUAUAGUAGUGGGGAUAUAUUUUAAACCAAUUUUUUUUUUUUGGCACUAGACGUAUGUAUUUUACGAAUUAAGAGUGUACUGGUAAUGUCUGUUUUGUUGCUUUCCGUUUAUUCUUGUAGACCUAUGUGUGACCGGUAAAAGUGCAGAAGUUUAAACACUAAGUGAGUUCUAUUUAUUUCCUCUUCCAAGGUGCCUCUUGUGUGUAUGAACAUACAGGGCCACUGUAUUUUGGAACAGGGUACUGUAUUUCAGAUGGUGAUCAUCGUGAUGGUGGCUAACGUUUCUGCAAAAAUAAGGCUUGAUCAUUUCUACUAGUUUGAUGUUGCCCUACUUCACCAAAUGACUGCCAUAACUGAAAUUGCUUGGUUGUUUUAGGAGGGCAACGAAUCCAAAGAAACAAACCCGGUUCCGCAAUAGAGUGACUCUAACACAGGUUUGACUUGAGUAGCUGUUUAUGGCAACUAUUGACCUGAAAGGAUCUGCCAUUCCAUAUGCACUGAUUUUGAUAUUUUUAGACUAGAGAUAUCAGUAGUAGUGCAUGAAAUGUUUUACAAAUGUCUAAAGAUUCGUGUUUUAACAUUUGCGUGACUUGUGAAGGGAUUUCAUGCUUUACUCUCGGAAUCACAAGCUGGUCUCAACUGUGUCUGCCUGGUUUGUAGAACAGAGGAGUGCAUUGUUGCACUUCUUGGUUCAACGGGGUAAAGUGUUCACUCAAUAGAAACACGUUGCUCUUGUGACCAAGCAAGCAGAAUUUAAACCCAACUUCCUAUCUUGGGUAAUACUGCAGAAACAGUUUCACAUGCAGCAUAGUUAUGUGUAUCUUCCACCUUGACACAUGAACAUGAUGAGGAGCUAGGUAGAUGUCAAAAUCAACAACUAAAUGAAAUAAGCUGUUGUGAAUGUUGUGAAAAGCAACGAUGGUCAAUUGAAUUUAGAACACUGAUAAUGUGGAUCAUCCUUAACAAGGCCAUCGGGUUUUCUACACUUUCUAUUUUAAAAAAUAUGGGAAGUUUCCUUUCAUUGGGUGUCAAUGAUUGAUGUGAACUGUUUCAACGAUUUUUUUGUUUGAGCAGAUGUGAGCAAAUGAGAUUACCAGUUUGCCUAAGAUUUUUAAGAGUAUAGAUAAUGAAGUGACAGUGAUGUAUUACAUUAGAUCAGAAUUCAGUGAUGACAACAGAAGGGUGCUUGCUAACUGGAGGUUGUAUUGUAGCACAUGUGAUGUACUAAAUGUGCAUUACUAUAUGAUAUUACACAUUUGCUUAAUUUUUAAUGAAAUGUGAUGACAUAUUAGGCCGAUUAGCACUUGGAACAUUGUACUGUUUGCUUUUUUAAGAUACUACUAUAGUUUCAUUUUUCAUUUUUUUUUAUUUUCCUAAUAUUGUACUUUAAUAACAAGACUUUCUCAAGUUGCUCAUCUGACUACUACUACCUUGUUCCAAUAUUGUUUGAACAUAAAGCUCUGAGAGAACCCAUCUCCAUUACCACAAUGUGCUGAUGGUUGUGCGCCUGUUCUCGGGAAUUUUCUUUUGCUCAAAGUGGCAGGAGAGCGGACGAACAAAAGUUAGGCAUGAGACAAGUUCUUUGAUAGAGUCCUUAUUUUUGCUGUGUACAGUUUCCAUGAACCUUUGUAUGACAGUUUUGUUGACAUGCUGUGAUAGUUUGUGGAAACAUGCUAUAGACUUUUUACUUUAAAAAGUCCAGCAGGAAUCGGUUACUUAACUUGACCCUUAGUGGACGAUGAAGCUACAGAAAACAGUGGUGAGCGGCAACCUAAUGCAUUUGAGGCUGUGGUACCCAUGGAUGCCAAACUUGUGCAAGUGAUGUAGUCCAAACUUUCUUCAUUUUGUCGUAUCGCAAACAUUUCAGCCUCUUUUUUACAGACAGCUCUUCACAUCGACUCAAGUGUUACGAUGUCUUUGACAUGUUUUAAUUUUCUUACCUGUGAAGUUUUGUUUACUUGACUGGACAACUAUUCUUAAUUUGGGGUUGUAAAUGUUGCAAAUACAUUAUUUUUAGUGCUGAAGACAGAAAAAGCAAAUGACAGUUUCAAUGUUUGUAGUGGAGGCAUUUGGGACUCCUGUCUCAAAGUGCCGCAAUUGAAAACAGUGGUGUUGCAUGUAUGUCAGUGAUAGUAGUGCACGUCUGCUUCAGGUGCUAGGUUGCUGACAUAGCGGAGUGCUGGAGCAAUGCAGAUACUAGUAAUCUCAGACAACAUACCUACCAGUAUGAGACUCUGUCAAGAGCCUGCAUUCAUCCUGGUGUCUGCAGAGCUCUUCACCGUCUCAUUCUACUGUGAAGCGUGCAUCGUCGAUAAAUUUUGUACGAACAUUUUCAUAGUGUAGUAAGCUAUGUAGCUAUGAACUCAACAACUGGUCUGAGUGUGAACAAAUAAAUUGUGGUUUUUAUGCAA